AUGGUAAAAGCCAUCGGGUCCUUCUCCACCGCCGAAAGCCAGCUUGAAUCCACGGCCACCAGCACCGUCGCCGGGGACGACACCACUUGGCGACGCGCCGGCGUGGACUACCGCGUCAAAGCUGCAGAAGACCCUCCAUGCAGGAUUAGGGCAUUGGAUAUUGCAAUUAAAAUAUCCGUCCUUGAUAUCCGGAAUCGAGAGAAGCCGGAACUCGAGCGUGCACCAAUAGCGGCUGAAGUUCUUCCGCCGGCCAAAAGAAAGAAGAAGAACCCUAGGUGUCUGGAAACCUCGCCGAUGGUUCCGGCCACGGCAAGUGCAGGCUGGUCCUCGCUCCCAGACGACCUCGUCCGACGCGUCGCCGACACUUUCCUCGACACGAACGACGUGGAUUGCUACAUGGACUUGCGCGCCAUCUGCCGCAGCUGGCGCUCCGCCACCGACGACCCCAGGAACAACAGAUCGGACUCCCGAUUCCGGCCGCGCCAGUGGAUCAUCCUCGGGGAGGUCUUGGAGAGCGACGCGCGCUUCCUCCUGGUCAACACCGCCACCGGUCGGUUCCUCCACAAGGAACUCCCGCUGCUCCGCGACUACUACGUCGUGGCCACCACCCUCGGCGGCUUCUUCGUGCUGGCCGACAGGAGCCCUCCCCACGCCGCUCGCAUCUUGAACCCUCUCACAGGCGACACCAUCCGUUUCACGGUGCCCAUACCCGUCGAGGUGGAGGUUGCCGCUGCACUCCGUUUUGCCUCCUCUUUGGUCAUGCUCACCUUGUUGUGCGACUCGUCUAACAAGAUUUACACAGCCUUUCCCCACAAUUUCUGCACCCGAGACCUUAAGCCCUCAGCUUAUAGUUUCUUCCGAUGGGCGGUUGGAGGUGCUAUGGACGGACGCUGGCGGGAAUUAGCCGGAACAUAUGACCUGGUUGGCAAGAUCCGCGACGUGAACACGGAUCUUAAUGUUGUUCCGUUCAACAAGCUCUUUUCCCGUGAUCCUCCUGAGAUGGGAGUUGCAGAUGACGCCCGGUGUUUCCAGAUGGAAUUUGGUGGACAGCUUCUGAUCAUUAUCAGUCUACAAGGACUUGUCGAGGUUUUCAAGUUCGAAACCGGGAGUGAAAAAUUCGUGCCUGUGAAGAGGAUCGGUAACCAUGCUAUCUUCAUUGGUCCUCACAGGUGCCUAGAUGUGGAUGCUGAUAUGUUCCCGUCGGUUGAGGCAAAUUGUGUCUACUACACUGAGCACCGGUGCUCGUCUGCUCGCAUCCGCAAGUGCAACAUCAAGGAUGGAAAAACAGAGAGCAUCUCGGAAGCCUUCGAUUUCGUGAAGCAGGACAAACAGUUUGUCCUUGUCGCCGAUCGCCCUUUCACCAUCAUCCAGCUUCUCUCGAGCUGCACCCUCAACAUCCGGAGGUCUGAACUGGCCUUACAGCAGAGCACACAAAGACACAGAUAA